CUUCCGCUUCCGGCCGCCUCGUUGCCGGCAGCCACCGCCGCCGAGCCCGGGAAAGGCGCGCGCGCGCUCCAGCCGGACACUUCCGCUUCCGAGAGAAAACCGUCUCCACCCGCCGCUCUCCCCACCGGGGACGGAGCCGGUUCCGCCGCUUCUUCUCCUCCUCCGCCGCCACCGGAGGGAGGGGGGAGGGGGAACGGGGGACACACGGGACCCACCGGCGGCUCCGCUCCCUCCGAUGCGGCCGCGGAGCCCAUGAGGAUGGAGGCCCGGGACGCGGCUCGGCCCAACCACGGCUCCGCCUUCAAGGCCUUUCCCGGCCCGGGGGAGCCUCAAGCCUUUGGCUCCAGCGCCAACGGGCAAUGGAGGGGCUUGGUCCCCCCCCCUCUGGGCUCUGUCCCCCAAAAGCCCAGGCUGAGCCGAAGCUCUUACCUCGACGCUCGCAAAAACCCCAGCGGGACAUCCAACAGUUUUGGGGGGAAGUCUAACCACCACUGCCACGCCUCGGCUUUUCCCAUCAAACCGGCUCAGAGCCCUUCCUGGAGCGGCCCCUGUCGCCGCAGCCUCCUCAGCCCCAAGAAAACUCCCCGACGCUUCAUCAGCACGGCCGAAGAGACGGUUCGAGAGGAAGAGCGGGAGAUCUACAGGCAGUUGCUUCAGAUGGUCACGGGGAAACAGUUUUCCACCUCCAAGCCCUCUUCGCUCUUCCCCUUCCACCUCUCCAGGUGUUCAAAUUCCAGCAAAACCCUUGUGAAAGAAGCUCCCAGGGAGAACUCGAAGCUCUUUGAAGCUCACGGCCUGGCACCGACCGGCUCCACCGCCAGUGUCCUCCCAGCUCCCGAGCAGCCCUCGCACAAACCUCCCCUCUACUCCCCCCCGACUUAUCCCUCCAGUAUCUUCCAGUCCAGUAACUCCACAGCCCAGCAUCAGCAAGAAAAUCUACCAGCAUCGAACGCGCAGUCUGAAGGGUCAGACUCUGUCAUUUUGCUCAAGGUGAAGGAUUCCAGAACCCCAGCACCAAGCCUCCCUUUCUUCCAGGCGGAACUAUGGAUCAAGGAACUGACCAGUGUCUACGAUUCGCGAGCCCGGGAGAGGUGGCGGCAGAUCGAAGAGCAGAAGGCGCUGGCCUUACAGCUGCAAAGCCAGCGGCUGCAGGAGCAGGAGCACUCGGUGCAGGACCUGGUGGAUUUAAACCUCCGCGUUCCCCUGGAGAAGGAGAUCCCUGUCACAGUGGUGCCGGAAGAGAAGGAGGACGCCAAAUCUGCUGACGGCGAAGAGGAGUUCCCUGAAAUCACCGAGGAGAUGGAAAAGGAAAUAAAGAACGUGUUCCGAGGUGGGAACCAGGACGAGGUCCUCAGCGAAGCGUUUCGGUUAACGAUCACUCGGAAAGACAUUCAGACCCUCAAUAACCUCAACUGGCUCAACGAUGAGAUAAUUAAUUUCUACAUGAAUUUGCUGAUGGAGCGGAGCAAAGAGAAGGGCUUGCCGGCGGUUCAUGCCUUCAAUACUUUCUUCUUCACCAAAUUAAAAACGGCGGGGUACCAAGCCGUCAAACGGUGGACUAAAAAAGUGGAUAUUUUCUCCGUGGAUCUCCUCUUGGUGCCUAUUCAUCUGGGAGUGCACUGGUGUCUGGCCGUUGUUGACUUCAGGAAAAAAACCAUCACCUAUUAUGACUCCAUGGGGGGCAUCAACAGCGAAGCCUGCAGGAUACUGUUGCAAUACUUAAAACAGGAAAGUCUGGACAAGAAGAGGAAAGAGUUUGACACUAACGGCUGGUCCUUGCUGAGCAAGAAGAGUCAGGAAAUCCCGCAGCAGAUGAACGGCAGCGACUGCGGGAUGUUCGCCUGCAAAUACGCUGACUGCAUCACCAAAGACAAACCCAUCAACUUCACCCAGCAACACAUGCCCUAUUUCCGCAAGCGAAUGGCCUGGGAAAUCCUCCACCGCAAGCUCUUAUGAUGCCCUUGCGCCGGAAAAAAAGCCGCUUUUUUUCUCAUGCUGUUGUCUCAGAAGUGCCCAAAUUUGCCCCGAGCUGCCCCGGGGCGUCGCUCGAAGACCCAGCAACUGAACUCUUUAUCCUAUUUUUGAUAUAAAAAACCACCCCACAAACCAAACCACCCCCACCCCAUUCACGGACCAACGCGCAAUAGAAACGUUCAGAAGCACAUUUGCCUUUUCUUUUCCCCUUUUUUUUUUUUUUAAAAAAAAAAUUCUAUUUCCAGACUUAUUUUUACCAGCAAUUUCAGGUGCUGAGAUUUGAGGGGACAGCACUCGAGGAACUUAAAAAAAAAAAUAAUGUAUUUUUGCUCCUUUUGGGGUCGUUUUCUCGGCUCUUGCUGCCAGCUUGGAGCUGACGGCAUGAUUUUUUUUUGGGGGGGGGGGGUUGGAAAAUGCUGGAUUUAAGGAGAAGGGGAAGGCACUUAGAAGGCUCUGGGGGUUCUGGGGUGAGGGAGGGAGCGAAAACCAGUUUGGGGGUGGAUGUUGGGAGGUUUUUGGGGGCGGAGGGAGGUUUUUACAUCCCCUCAACGCCUGGAUUAUCCUCCCCUCUGUCCUCAAACCCAGCCUUUUUCUCUUUAUACCCUAAUCCUAAGAUUUUUCUAGCCCUGGCUGAGGCUUUGGGCAUCCCUCGAGGGUGACAGGAGCCACCAAAAGUCCCUUCUUUUUUAUUAAAUCCCGCUUUUUCCUUCCCCUGGGAAUGAAUUGCUCUCCCGGUUCUUCACCAUCAAUUGUUUAUGGAAAUUCAGGUACAAAACUGUAGAUUGAAGAGCCCCGGAAUUAUUUUGUAUAUAUUUUUCCAAACCUGUUUUUCUUUUUUACCCCAGCGACAAAAAGAACAAAAUCCAUGUCUACGUUGGGUUUUAGGGGGUGGGUUUUUUUUUUCCACCCCCUGACUCCGGCUUUUUUCCUCUGGGCAGGUUCUGGGGUCGUGGCUCCUUCCCCCCUCUUUCUCCUCUUUCCAAGAGCUCCCAACCCAGUGGAAUAAAUCCAUUUUUUCUCUUCCCCCCCCCGGGGAUACUUUGCACAUAUUUUCCCCGGGGGAGGGAGGGAUAAAAGCUGCCCUGAGCUCAAAGAUUUCGGGGAAGGCGAGAGGUCGGAGCCGAGGUGGGAAGUGCUUCCAAAAGGGGGGGGAUCCCCGAGGAUUUCCAGCUCCCGGGAACCUUGGGGUUGAGCUGCCCCCCGGCAAAAAGCAGUAAAAUAUCCAGAAGCGCUUAAACCCUCCCAAAAAUAGGGAUUUUUGGGGGGUGCCACGAUGCUUCUGGAGUUUUUCUCCCCACCAACACCUCUCCUCCGGGCUCCUGGGCGCUGGGCUGAUGCUUCUAACUCUUUCUGUUAAAUUUUUAAUUUUUUUUUGUUUUUAAUUUAUUUUCAAAAACAAGCAAAAAGUGAGAGGUGGGAGGAAGAGGCUUUGUUUGAGCUUCCCCCCCCCCUCUCCCCCUGCUCCUCUGCUGUACAGAACCUUUUUCAGUCCAAGGAAAAAGAAUGGCAUCAUAUCCCCCUUUUUCUUUUUUUUUUUUGUAUUUUUGGGGUUUUUGUGUGUGUGUGUCUCCGGGUGGGGAGGGAUAUUUUCUACAGGUUUUUUUCUCUACCUUGGAAGGAGUAGUUUUGUACAAAAUUCCUCCCUUUUUCACCCCGGGUCAGUGUUCUUUGUCGCCUGGUUUCUCCCCGUCCCUCUCUGUGUUUUAUACCGAGUUUCAUUUAUUACCUUUUUCUAUCUUUUACUGCAAGUAAAGAUCUGAGGAAAAGAAAAAAAAUAAAAAUUAAAAUAAA